AAAUUUUUUAUUAUUUGCUGAAUCAGUACGAAUCAUGGGCGGCGAUCACGGCAUGCAGAAAUCCCCGAUUGUCGAGCGAUGGGCCACCAUGCGCGAAACGACCGUCCAGCACUUCCGCUUCACUCCUCGCACAACGGGCAUCUCGUUCCUCCUGAUGGUCGCCAUCCCCGUGGGCAUCUACGCACUAACGUCGCUUGAGUUGAAAAAGCAAGACGAGGUCUCUGGACAAAAGCGCCGAUUCUUCCCAUUCUAACAAGCCCAGCACCAGAACGCAGCAAGAUUGAAAAGGAUUUUGCCAUUUUUUUUUUGUUAGAAGUUCCGAGCGCGUUGGUUGGAGCCUUGACGAGAGGGGAGUGUGAUUUGUUGCUUGUAAUGUGCACAUUGUUUUUUUGUGUAGUGUGUAUUGUGUAUUGUGUUUUGUUGGUGUUGCGCCCCAAUCGACAAUGCUUCUGUUCCAAUGAAUGCGUCGAUUUUUACAAUUUUGCAUUUUUGCUUCUUUUUCUCUCUCCCACCUCCCUCGCAUCAAAAAGAGCAGCUCCGUCUCGACUCUAUUGUAUCAUAUCUGUCAUGAUAAUGUCA